GAGGACUAGCUGGCUCCACCACUGCCUGUAGACUCGUAAGAAGGGCCCAACCUCCAAAAUUGACGUCGUUACCCACGGGCUGGUUCCAUUAUUAUCUGUGAAACUGACUUAACGCGUCAUCAAACCAUCCUCGACACCGACAGCUCUCGCUCUCAGUGCUCACUCCUCUCCGCUAUGAGGCGCAGACCGACCUCCGCCCUCCCUUUUUUCAAUCAAACAGAACUCUCACCUCACCUCCCAUCCUACUUAUCGCCUUCCCUUCCCACAUCCCUUGGAACAAUUUCUCCCCCCUCCUCCUCCUCCAUACCACGGGGAUAGCCGCAGCUCACAUCCCUCGGCCCACGAAACACCCCCCCAAAGAUGAGCGACACUCUCUGUCAGCCUGAAAGAUCGCUCAACACACUGCUGUCGUCUCCUCGAACUACCUCCGGGCCACUGGUUUCUGGCCCUCACCAAUAAUACCUCCCCUUAAGCUUGCUAGGAAGAAUGAGUUCACACCGGAUUACCCGUCGUCGCAUUGCUGUGGCCGCAACGUUCAUCACACUAUUCCUCAUCUACCACUUCUCAACCCUCGGAUCCACUGUCCAAUACCCCCCCAAUGUGCAACAGAACCUUCGCGACGGCUGCCCGCCCCUCCCAGGAAUCGAGGACAUCCUGGUUGUCAUGAAAACCGGCGUUACAGAAGCCCUCGAAAAGGUUCCCGUGCAUUUCCAGACUACCUUCCGCUGCGUCCCCCACUACAUCAUCUACUCCGACUUCGAAGAGGAGAUCGACGGCGUGCUCAUCCACGAUGCCCUCCGCAAUGUCGACAGCCAGGUGAAGGCCACCGUCCCAGACUUCCAGAUCUACAACCGCCUGCAGAAGAGCGGUCGAGCAGGCCUGGAGUCGGCGGAUUUUGCCGACGAGGCCAAUUCCGCCAUCGGGAAACCGAACAACCCGGGCUGGAAGCUCGACAAAUGGAAGUUCCUCCCCAUGGCCCGGGAGGCCUACCUGCACAGACCCCAGGCCAAAUGGUUCGUCUUCAUGGAAGCGGACACGUACUUCUCGUGGCCCACGCUCCUCACCUGGCUAGCCCGCUUCGACGCCUCGAAGCCCUGGUACAUCGGCACCGAGACGCAAAUCGCCGACGUCAUUUUCGCGCAUGGCGGCUCCGGUUUCAUCAUCUCCAACCCGGCCAUGAAGCUCGUCGCAGACGAGUACGAAGAACACGCCAUCGAGCUAAACGAAUACACCGACGCCCACUGGGCCGGGGACUGCGUGCUGGGCAAGGUCCUCUCCACCGUCGGAGUCCCCCUCCAAUAUUCCUGGCCUAUCCUCCAAAACUCAAAUAUCGGUGAACUCGACGAGUUCACCACAGCCUUCUACCGACGUCCUUGGUGCUACCCAGCCGUUGCAUUCCAUCACCUUUCUCCAUCUGAUAUCCAAUAUCUCAAUGAUUUUGAGCAUCGAAGACUCAUCCAAUCUGCAAACCCCAUCCUCCUCCACAGCAACGUCUUCAAAGAUCUCAUCUUCCCGGAACUCUCCAACGCCCGCGACGACUGGGACAACCUCUCCGACAAUGAACAGCCCUCCAUCUCCACCUUCCAUGAAUGCCAAACAUACUGCGAGGAAUCCUCGGAGUGCACGCAAUUCGCCAUCCGCGGCGGUACAUGCUAUACAGGCAAAACCCCACGACUGGGCUCGAGGAAAUCGGAUGCCCGCUCUGGGUGGAUCGUCAAUAAAAUAGAACGCAUGAUCAAUCGCGCACCUAGAUGCUCGAAACCAGAAUUUGGUGUAUGAUGAGUAUGAAUGAGAGUUUUGGUUUUGGUUUUGGUUCUGAUUCUCGAUAUAUGAUUUUCUUUUUCUUUUUCUUUUUCUUUUUCUUUUUUCUUUUUUUUCGCAGGACGAAAUUAUUCAGAGCAAGGCUACUUGGAUGGACACUUAAAAAGCAUCUUGCAUUCACUGCAUUCUGCAUAGGACCUUUGUAUUUUUAUAAGCAUUUUUCAAUUUUAUCCAUGUGGGCGUGUGAUAACGGUUGCAUUUUUUUUUUUGAUGGGUUUACAAUCAAGGCGUGAGCCCAGUGGUUCUCAAAACUCUUCAACCUGUUUGAUCAGGUAGGAUUGCCCCCAUCCCAUAUCUACCUUAAUC